AUGUCGACAAGACCUCUGCUCUGCCAAAGAUGGUCCUCCUCUCUCGGCCAGAAGCCCGGAGCUACGAGCGUGCGCUUCCCCGGCGCCAUCCACUCCCAAUUCUCUAACACCCUGAAAUUUUACCAAACCCCAUCGCCCAUAGACACCUACCGCACCAUGUCUCAAGACGGUGAUAUCGUAGACGCAGACUACACGCCCGAGUCUGACGCCAUCGCUCUCGGGUUGUACGAGAACAUGCUCAAGGUGUCGAUUAUGGAUAUGAUCAUGUUUGAUGCGCAAAGACAAGGGAGGCUGAGUUUCUACAUGACGGGCCAAGGAGAGGAGGGGACGUGUGUGGGAAGUGCUUCGGCGCUGGCCGCGGAGGACGUGCUGUUUUGUCAGUAUAGAGAGGCGGGUGUGUUUGUGCAGAGGGGAUUUACGUUUGAUGAUUUUAUGAGCCAGCUUUUUGCGAAUGUCAAAGACUCGGGCAAAGGGAGAAAUAUGCCAGUCCAUUAUGGCAGUAAAGCAUUGAACAUUCACACGAUCUCCUCCCCCCUCGCAACGCAACUCCCCCAAGCCUCCGGUGCUGCAUACGCUCUAAAAAUGCAGCGGCUCACUAACCCCAAUAUCCCACCUCGAGUGGUAGCCUGUUAUUUUGGCGAAGGUGCCGCUAGCGAGGGCGAUUUCCAUGCCGCCCUCAACAUCGCCGCGACGCGCUCCUGUCCAGUAAUCUUCAUCUGCCGCAAUAAUGGGUAUGCUAUUAGCACUCCGACCCUGGAGCAAUAUCGCGGCGACGGUAUCGCCAGUCGGGGCACCGGCUAUGGGAUCGAUACUAUCCGGGUGGACGGUAAUGAUAUCUGGGCCGUGCGAGAAGUGACGAAACGAGCACGGGAAUUGGCGCUAAAAGAUGGAGGAAGACCGGUGCUGAUUGAAGCCAUGAGCUACCGGAUCUCGCAUCACAGUACGAGCGACGACUCGUUCGCGUACCGUGCGAGGGUCGAGGUUGAGGAUUGGAAGCGGAGGGAUAAUCCCAUCACGAGAUUGAGGAAGUAUUUGGAGAACAAGAAAGUCUGGGAUGAGGAAAAGGAGACUGCGGCGAGAGCUAGGAUCAGGAAGGAAGUACUGAAAGCGUUUGCGACGGCGGAGAAGGAGAAGAAGCCGGCCAUGAGAACCAUGUUUGAGGACAUUUACGAGGAACUGACGCCGGAGAUCAGAGAGCAGAUGAAGGAGUUGAAAAGCGUCAUUGAGAGAUAUCCGGAUGAGUAUGAUGUUAGCGAGUUCGAGGGGGGAAAGGAAAGUUUGGCGCCAUAG